UGUAGUAGUCAAGAGGCUAACACCAACGCCCAGGGAUGAAAUGCUGAAAGCGGGUCUCCUACUGCUGUCCCUGCUAUUUUUGUGCAUACAGUACCAUCUAGAGUGCCAGUGGUGACGGAACCAAGAUGGAACUUUCUCAACAAGAUCUACGUACGCUCAAUUUUCUCCAAGUCCUUUGUUUUCGCCAGGGAGUUGAAAGGGACCAAUGCUGGUGACAUUGAGACUCAAGGUACGUUUUGACUUUUUAUCAUUUUUCUAUAUUCUUACUGCGAAGCAUCUUGCACUCCUGCAGUUACUAUCUCUUGCGCCUACCCGUUCUCUCGUGAACCAAUCAAUGUCUACGGACCUAUACUUCUGGUCCCUCACGCCCGUUCUCAUGCUCGCUCUAACUCUUUUGUUUGUGCUCACUCUCUUGCACCCGUUCAUGCUUGCUCUCUCAUACCUGUUCUCUCGUGCUAACUCUCUCCCACUUGUUCUCUCAUGCCGCGCCCCAUCUCUCAUGCCCUCCUACUUCUCGAUGUCGCUCGGUAUUGAGACCAUCAACUGCGGCACCACAACAAGCGCCCGCCACGUCACCUGCAUCUUUGCACACUGUCCACCAGCCGGUCCUCAAAAAGUUUCGAGGCUUUGCUCUCAAUGCUGGCGACUUCGGUGCAUUUUGUUUGCCCUUGGACUCUACUUGCUUUGCACUUAUAGAAACCUUCAUCAUCGCUCUGAGACCUACUCACUUCUCAUUGCUCUGUCUCGUCCACCGGCAGGCCUUGAAAAGAUUCGAGGCUUUGCUGCCAAUGCUGGCGGCUUCGGUGCAUUUUGUUUGCCCCUUGGACUCUACAAUUCUUCAUUGGGGACCUUGUCUGCAAUAUAAUUUGAUUAUUGAAUCAUGUCAGAUCUAGUAGUGCAGUACUAAUUUUUCUACGAUACAAGAGUAUGUAUGCGAAGGAGUGAUUAUGUGUGUGCGUCUCGUUUGUGUGUGUGUCGCGUCUGUGCGUGUGUAUGAGUUUUGUGUGUGAAGAAUAGUUGAACAGAUCCAGCGCCAUAGGUACACGUCUAACUUAAUACUAAGGACUUUGUAAGUUCCCAGUCAAGUGUAAAAAGAGACUGUAUUGGGUACCGUCACAGUCGAGUGUAAAGAGAUAGAUGGUAACUCCGCCGGCGUAGUAGUGAAUGAGCGAAACGAUAUGUACUAGCUGUGCUGACGGGUAUACGAC